AUGACCACCAUACCAGAGGACAUGGACCAAUUCGUCAACUGGGAGGCGGCCGCUGCCGAAGUUGGAAACAUCUUCGACAUGUCCUCCCAGGACUUGCCGCCCACCGAUCCUCCCAACCUGGAUUUGGUUUUGGAGAAUGCCAACGACGACGAUUUUAGCUUUGUCGCUCUCGAGCACUUCUCUGGGGGCCACUUAUCCGGGGAGCACGCCUCGGGUGUCCAGACCACCGGCAACCUGCUCGACCUGGUUGACAGCCAACUUGGCAGUGCCCAGGAUGACUGGUGGUACACUCCCGAUACACCCUGCGUCAACUGCGCCCUUGGGGGCUACCAGUGCAAGAAGAUCAAUGAAGCCAGCUCGAGCAUCUACGAGCAUUACUGCACCUCUUGCGUUGCGCUGAGGAGCGAGUGCAGCUUCGCUGAGCACUUGCCUGCCAUCGCUCGCCUCGACCCGUUCGAUGCGUUGCCUUCCCAGAACCCCUGGCCCACCAUGGGAGACCACCCGCGUGCUGUCGAUGAAGAUGGCGGUUUUGCGGAGCUCUUGCUUUCUAGGAAGGCCUGGCCGGUCGUGAGAGACCAAUCCUGCGCCAUCCAAGAGUCCGCCGCUAAGACUGUAGGCUUGCCGGGGACGUCUACGCCGGACCUGCUGCGGAGCCUGACAGCUUCCGUGUCCGCGGAUGAGGCGGCCACGGCAAGCAGGAUGGCAACCCCCGCCAAAGUAGGAGCCCGGUUCUCGCGGGAGUCCGUCCGCAUCUUGAAAAACUGGCUCUCGACCCAUACCCGGCAUCCGUACCCCAGCGACGAAGAGAAAGAGAUGCUGCAGCGCCAGACGGGCCUCAACAAAACCCAGAUCACCAACUGGCUUGCCAACGCCCGGCGCCGGGGCAAGACACAGCCCCCUCGCUCUACCUCACCACAUCCGCGCAGUUACAACGGCGCCAUCGACAUUCCUCAGAGACGAGGAACGCCUGCCCCGGAUGGUAGAGUGCGCAACAUGAAUCCCCUCGAGCGUUGGGUCGACUCCCCUCCGGAGAACGAACCUGCCGAAGUGACGGCCAUUGCCCGCGCCGUUGCGUCCAGUUCUGGAGCAUCUUCAUCAGGCCUCACGAGCCCCUACAGCUUCAACUUCACCGACGACGGGUCAGGAAGGUCCCUCUGCAACGCCUCCUCGGCCAGCAGUUUGGGCACCUCUCACUCCAGCGGCGGGUCCUUCGCCUCUGCGUAUUCCCAUGCGUCCCACGGCUCCUUCGGCUCCUUCGGUUCCUUCAACCGAGGCCGCAGGCGUCGCAGGAGGCGCGCCGGCGCCAAGCCGGUCGAGGAGAAGACCUCUCUCGCCCCUGUCUCCAAGACUUACCAGUGUACGUUCUGUACCGAAACGUUCAGGACCAAGCACGACUGGCAGCGGCACGAGAAGUCGCUGCAUCUGUCUCUUGAGAGAUGGAUAUGUAGCCCUGAAGGCCCGGCGGCUCUCAACCCCGAGACGAACCAGCUGUGCUGCGUCUUCUGUGGCGAGGCCAACCCCGACCAGGCUCAUGCCGAGAGUCAUAAUCACUAUCAGUGCAAGGAGAGAAGCUUGGAAGAGCGCACUUUCUACAGGAAAGACCAUUUGAAUCAGCACCUGCGCCUCGUCCACGAUACAAAGUUUGUCGAAUGGUCCAUGAAGUCUUGGAAAGUUGCCACGCCAGAGAUUCGAUCACGAUGCGGUUUCUGUGGCUGUGUCUUGGACUCGUGGAAACAGAGGACUGAGCACCUCAGUGAGCAUUUCAAGGGCGGUAAUACGAUGGCCGACUGGAAGGGAGACUGGGGUUUUGAAGCACCGGUGCUCGAAAUGGUUGAGAACUCAAUACCACCCUAUCUCAUUGACAAUGAGCGGAACUCGCCCUUCCCAUACCAGGCCUCCAGUGCCCCUGCGGAGACGCCACGCUCGGCUUAUGAGCUCAUCAAAGUCGAGAUGGCACAUUUCAUGCAGAACCAUUACGAAAAGCAUCACACCUUGCCUAGCGAUGAGCAGAUGCAACUCGAGAGCUGUCGUAUCAUUUUCGCCUCCGAAGUCCUGUCCAUCCGGGAGAUUUCGUAUCCCUUUUCGUGGCUGCGUGACCUCCUCAUGGGAGACGCUGACAUCAUGCGACGAGCAAAGAUAGGAAAGAUGCGUACGCAGGCCGAAAACAGGCUGUCCACUCUCAAGCUGAACGGCAAGGAUACUCUGUUCGAGCGCUGUCCCCUCGAGGAACAGCUGCACGAGUUCGUCAGGGCGAAGAGGCUACUGGGACUAACGGCCAUGGACGAAGAGCUGCAGACAGAGAGCUGUAACAUCGUUGGCCGUAUCGAGGAGGUAUCGACGGCGCCCAGCGACUUCAUUGCCAGCUGGCUUGUGCGGAUCAUCAACCGAUCCACCAACUGGCUCGCCAACUUCAGACAGCGAGCCCAUCUCCCCCGGACCGAAGACAUCGUGGUCGAGAACGAGCGGUCGACAGACACGACCAAGAUCGACUCGACCAUCCACAACUAUAGCAGACUUGAGCGCUACUUGGCCGACUACGUCGAGAGGCAGAGGAGCCUCGGCAUCGAGCCUUGUAACGAUAGCCUGCAGAGGGAGGCCAGGAUCAUCAUCUACGAGUUCGACGACGGCUGGAAUCAGACCGCCGCCGACAACUUGGACUGGCUCGCGGCUUUCCGGCAGCGUCAUCCGCCCACCCUCGCGCAGGGCUCAAGCUCUACGACUGCAUCUGCGUCUCAGGACCAGCUAUCCCACGACGGGCUUCAUUCGUCCAUUACAGACACCUCUCCGUCCAACGUUUCAUCUGCCAACUUUUCAGACGGCCUGACUUGCCCCCUCAUGACGGGCGGGUCCAACCAGACUCCUGCGGCCCUCACCCAGACCGGACCGUUCUUCCUCAACGAUACAAACUGCUACCGUCGCCUGAUGAGGGAAUUGGCGAGGUGGGUCGCAAAGUUACCGCUUGAAUCGAUCACGGACGAGAUGCUCCAGAAGCAGGCGAGGAUCAUUCUUUACAACGACGAAGACCCGUGGAACCAGACCGCGGCCGACAACGCCGAGUGGCUACUCAGGUUCAAGCGCGACUGCGGCAUCAUCCGCGACCCCGGCCCGGGGCUGCCUCCCGGCGACGCCUGGUCGCUCGCGCAGGGCGGCACCGGCUUCGCGCCCCCCUACGCCUUCCCCAAGGGCGACAUGGCCCCUUUCAGCGAGAGAACGACGGAAGUGCCGAUCCGGAACACAAAGGUCUUUGAGAUCCAGUCGGAUAUCACGAACCGCUACCUGGAGACAUUCAAGACUAGGUACCCGAAGCCGGCCGCCAUCUUCUGCUCCCGCGAGCUCGAGGACGGGCUCGUCAGGUUCGUCGAGACGGAGGUGGCGCUCUCUGGGCAGUUCCCCGACGACCAAUCCCUCAGGGCACACGCCUCCUUCAUCCUGAACACGCCCGAGACCGCGGCUGACGACCCCGCCCUGUUGAGCAAAUUCAAGGGCUGGAUGAUGAUGAGGGGUCAACAGUCCAGCCAGCCGCAGCCGCAGCAGCAGCCCGUUCCAUUACAGCCGCAACCGAGAAUGCCGCUCCCAUCAACGUCAACGUCAACGUCGGCAUCGACUUUGCCCACAGGGAUGGAUCUGACGCUCUCAGAUGCGGAGAUGAACAACAUCCUGCGAGACAUGAACUUCGAUCUCGGCGCAGCGGACCUGGAGGGUCUCGACAUGGCCAUGGGGAUGGAUCUCAGCGCCGACGCCGGGCCAUCUUCAUUCUAG